AGAGAGUCAGCAGAGAGGCUGAGCCGGCUCAGUGAACGAGUCUGUGCCAGGAGGAUUCCGAACGAAGCGGACUGUCACAGUGCAAGCACCAAUCCCGCAACGCUCUACAGAUAUCCAGGAGAAAAAUCAAGAUGGAUUUUUACGAUCCUCAGACUUUAGGAGCGAUGGUGUUUGGAGGUUUCAUGGUGAUAUCGGCCAUUGGCAUUUUCCUGGUAUCUACCUUCUCUAUGAAGGAGACCUCCUAUGAGGAAGCAUUGGCCAAACAGCGCAGAGAACAAGAGAAAGGCCAGCAACCAAAAGUUGAUAAGAAGAAGAAGGAUAAAAUCCCUGAGAAGAAAGGAAAGGCUAAGAAAAAGGAUGACAAACCAAAUGGGAAAAUACCUGAACAGGAUCCUACUCUGGAAAAUGAGCUGGAAAGCAGUGACGUUGAAGUAGAGGAGGUAAGAGUUCAGGAAAGUCCUGUAAUACCAACUAUACCAGCUCAAGAGAAAACAGCACCUUCUCCUAAAGACAAGAAGAAAAAGCAGGAAAAGAAGGUCCAGAAGGUUGAACCAUCCCAGGGUCCAGUGGGGGCUGUGACCAAGCCCGUAUCAAAGCAGAGUCCAGUUUCAGAGGCUCCAUUUAAGGAAAUUCAUGUGGCAGCAGUUCCUCUUGUCGGAUCUCAGCCAAGCCCAUCGUCAAGUCCACCAACCACCAAAAAAACUGAAGCUGUUGUGAGUCGUGAAGAGCAAAAAUCUGAACCUGCUCCCAAAAAGAAGAAUGCUCAAAAGAAAAAAGCUGAGCCAGUUUCCAAUGACGUGGAUGGCGCCCUGUAUCUGCCAUACAAGACAAUAGUGUCCACCAUCAGCAGCAUGGACUUCAGCGAAGGAGAAGCACAGAAGCUUAUUGAGAUCCUGAUUGAGAAGAAUGGCAUAAAGCAGGAUACUUGGCACACAGCCACUCAGAAAGGAGAUCCAGUUACAGCUCUGAAAAAGCAAUUGGAAGAGAAGGAAAAAUUACUGUCAGCAGAACAAGAAGAUGCGGCGGCUGCUAAAAAUAAGCUGCGGGAGCUGAAUAAGGAAUUGGCAGCUGAGAAGGCUAAGGCAAACAGCGCUGAAUCCAAGCUAAAGGAGCAGAUAUUGUCUCGCGACCAGGAGAAUAAUGCAUUGCAAGCUCGAAUGCAGGCUAGUUAUCAGGAUCAUGUGACUGAAAUCCAGCAGCUACAAGGAAAGAUUCGUGGUCUUCAAGAGGAACUGGAAAACGGUCCUAAAGCACAACUUGCUCGUCUGCAGCAAGAAAAUUCUAUUCUAAGGGAUGCCCUAAACCAAGCGACCAGCCAAACUGAAAGCAAGCAGAAUGCUGAGCUGGCUAAGCUUCGUCAGGAGUGUAGCAAAUUGUCCAAAGAGCUCACAGAGAAGUCAGAAGCUCUGCAGCAAGAGGAGCAGCGGCGGAAGAGCUUGGAUGGAAAAGUCUCUACAUAUGAGAAACAGGUCUCCCAGCUGCAGAGUUUGCAACAAGAGGGUGAAACCACCUUACAAAAACGGCUGGAUGAAGUUAGUGAGGAGCUGCGGAAAUCCCAGAACAGUUACAAAAAUCUUCUGGCAGAUGCAGAAAAAGCCAAAGACGAACAGAAACAUCUGUUGGAUCUUCAGACUAAACUGAUGUCUUAUGAAAAUGAAGGCAAGCAGAAGUCAGAAGAAGUGGAGAGACUAAACCAAAAACUUAAAGAGGUCUCAAGUGAGAACUUCCAGCUUUUGGAGAGGAUAAAAUCCAUUGAGGCUCUUCUGGAAGCAGGACAGAAUAAAGACACAGAGACAGAUGGUCAGAUACAGGAAAUGAAAGAAUCAGAAAUUGCGCAGUUACAUUCCAAACUUCAAGAAAAAGAUACUCAGAUUUCCUUACUGGAAAAAGAGACCGUUGAAAUGAAGGAAACAAUCGAACAACAGAAAAAUAAAAAUAAUGAUCUGCGAGAGAAGAAUUGGCAGGCUAUGGAUGCUUUGGGUCUUGCGGAAAAAAAAUGUGAAGAGAAAGUAAAUUCAGAGAGGAAAGCAAAGGAUGAACUGGAACAACAGCUCAGUGGUGUUCAGAGUCACACAAAAGAAACCCUAAUGUCAAUGUUCCCACAAGUUACUGUAGAGUCACACCAGCUGUACAGUGAUUGGCUUCAAGAGUUCAGAGAAAAAUCAUCAGAAUUACUGAAGCAACUGAGUCAGCCGUCAGAUCAGACAGACUCUUCUGACAUGUUACUUAAGUUUAAGGAAGCAGAAGAAGCACAGACUUCGCUUCAAGCAGAAUGUGACCAGUACAGGACUAUCCUGGCUGAGACGGAAGGAAUGCUGAAAGACCUGCAGAACAGUGUUGAAGCAGAAGAGCAGGUUUGGAAAGCAAAGCUUGAGGCAUCUGAAGAAGAGCUCAUGAAGACACAAAUCCAGAUAAAGAGCCUAGAAGAAACAGUGGAAAGGCUGAAACUAGAUGUCCAAAGCACAGACCAGCUCAAGGAAUGCAUUGCUCUAAUGGAGGCACAGCUGGAAACCCAGAUGAACUCAUCUAGCACAGACUGUCAGACCUAUUCCAAAGAGGUGGAGAGUCUGAGACAGCUUUUGUCAGAUUCACAUGAACAUCUGGAAGCCACAAAAGCAGAAGCCAGAAAACAGAGCAAAGAGCUUUCUCUGCUCAGACAGCAUUUAAGUGAAAUGCAGAAUCAUGUGCAUGACAGAGAGUCCCAUGGUGUAGAAGAUCAUCAGUUGAAGGCACAACAGCCAAGUUUGGAUGAACAGACUGAUGAGCAGACUAUGUCAGGAGACCUGGAAGAGAAAUCCAUGUAUAGUUUGCAGCAAGAGCUGGAGAAACUGAAUAGUGCAGAGGAAAGCACAACAGGCACCGAAGAGUCACAGCAAUUGAAGGAGAGACUUGACAAGGAAAAAAAACUAACACGGGACUUAGGUCAAGCUGCUAACAAACUAUUACAACUCUUGAAGGCUUCUCAGGAGCAACUAACUAAGGAAAAAGAGCACAAUAAACUGAUGCAAAGCCAACUCAAAGUGACGGACCAAGAAUCCAGCACCAGUGAUGGAACGUCUGUUUGAUUCUAAAUAAUGUUUUGGUUAGGGCUUUUUUUUUUUAACCACAAUGCCUUAAACAUUCCUUUCUUGAGAUUCAAAAAUAAUAAUUGAGUGAGCCAAAAGCCUCCUGAAGUUAAUGUCUUACUUAUAACGGCAUACUUUUUUUGAACAAAAAUGACAUUCCAUUAUAAAACCACUGACUGUGUCAGUACGCCAUACCAACAUUUCCACUUUUUGGACUGACAGCCUGAAGAGAUUACUGGGAAUUCUGAAAAGGGACCGACUGUGUACUCUGCUAUAGGAAUCAGUGCAAUUUAUUAUAUAUAUAUAUUAUUUUUUUGUUUUUGGAGUGAGCGAUGAAUGAAUGGACAUAAACCUGGCAAUUUAUAUGAAGAUGAUGCCAUACUGUAACUGGUCUCCAGUAUAAAGUCAUGUGAAUUGUUGGUCGCCUAAAUGCCAAUAAAAAAAUUGAUAUAGCCAUGAA